GCGGAAGUUGACAGCCAUGUCUGCCACGAGAAAAGCACAUGCGUUAAGCUUCAAAGUUUUAGCGGAGUGUUCAACCACUAAGGCAAGAGUAAGUAAGCUAAUUCUGCCACAUCAUGAAGUGGAUACCCCCGUGUUUAUGCCGGUCGGGACACAGGGUACUUUGAAGGCGAUGUUACCAGAUCAGUUAGAAGAAAUGGACUGUCAAAUUAUUCUUGGCAAUACCUACCACCUAGGGCACAGACCGGGUCCAGAGUUGCUUGAAAAGGCAGGAGGUCUACAUAAGUUUAUGAACUGGAACCGAAACUUGCUCACGGACAGCGGAGGUUUUCAGAUGGUAUCUUUAUUAAAGCUGGCAGAGAUCACAGAAGAAGGCGUAAAGUUUGAGUCACCACAUGAUGGCUCUACAAUGAUGCUAACUCCAGAAAAAUCUAUUGAAAUACAGAAUUCCAUUGGUGCUGACAUAAUCAUGCAGUUAGAUGAUGUGGUUCACAGUACAACUACAGGACCUAGAGUGGAGGAAGCCAUGUGGAGAACUAUCCGUUGGUUGGAUCGUUGCUUAAAGGCGCACGCCAGACCUCACGACCAAAGUAUAUUUCCUAUUGUACAAGGCGGAUUGGAUGCUGAGCUGAGGAAGAAAUGUGCUCAGGAGCUAACAAAACGAGAUGUCUCAGGGUUUGCUAUUGGAGGACUCAGUGGAGGGGAAGAAAAGAGUCAGUUCUGGCGGAUGGUCUCUCUGUCCACUGACCAUCUGCCCGGGGACAAGCCAAGAUAUCUCAUGGGAGUGGGAUUUGCCGUUGACCUGGUGGUUUGCUGUGCAUUAGGAUGUGAUAUGUUUGAUUGUGUAUAUCCCACAAGAACUGCAAGGUUUGGAACAGCGUUAGUUCCCACAGGCCUGUUGAACUUGAAAUUAGAGAAAUUCUCCCAGGACUUCCGCCCCAUAGAUGAGAACUGUGGAUGUUCCACGUGUUCGCAGUACACUCGUAGCUACCUCCACACCAUUGCUGGACAUAAACCAGUGGCUGCCCAGUUGAUAACUGUCCACAAUGUCAGAUAUCAGUUGAACCUUAUGAGAGGGAUAAGAAAAAGCAUCAUGGAGAAUACUUUUCCAAAGUUUGUUCAGGACUUCAUGUCAGCUUUGUUCCCCAGUAAAGACUAUCCUGAGUGGUCCGUGGAAGCCUUGGCGUCAGUCAAUGUCACACUUAGGUGACACAUUCUAUAAGAUCAGAUUUCAUCAGGAAAUAUGGGCUGUGUGUCGUAUUGCCUACUGUGCUGCCAUCUGGUGAAUGGUCACGUGACGGCCAAGCAGGCAUUUGGCCGGCAGCAUAAAAGUGGGGAUGUUUUAAAAAUAUUUUUAAAAAAGUGAACAUUUUCAUUCUUUUUUGCUGACCCACCUUGAGAAAUGGCAUAGAAAAGAGUUUGUUUUUAGUCAGAAAAAUGCAUCCACUGGUCAUUAUCAUAAAAUUGCCGUUAUAAUAACGUGUUUUAUAUGGAUUUGUGAUGUUAUAUUUAUUUAUUUAAAAAAUGUAUGAUAUUUCGUUUGGUCUUGAGUGGGAAUCUUAAACGCCUUUACUUGUACUCGGAAAUGGAAAUGUGCUAGUAGAGCUCUGCGUCAUUCAUUUUCUCUACCACACUCGGGUGUCCGUGAUGCGUGUAGCGGAUAUGCUCUUAUGCAUCUGAACUUCCCUUUCCAAGUGAAAAAGGAUUUGUUAGCCGAAAAAUUGUGUCAUUAUAAAUUUUUAUAUACAUACAGCAUUUUUUUAAAGCAUGACAAAAUUUUGCGUUGCUUUCGGCAAAAGGGGAGUUAACAUUAUCAACAAAUUUGAGUCGAUACAUUUGAGGACACGAUUUCAUAAUAUUCGUCUCUGAUGUUUAUCUCGAGAUUUGUUAUGUUGAGGCAAGCUUGAAAAUAAAAAUUUGAUAAAAGUAGGGAGGAGAUUUAUUGAUAAAGAAAAAAGGCUUAAGAAACUGCCCUGCGUAACGCACUUGUAAUCCCUAGUAAUAUUGAAGUCACAACAACGUCAUACCAGUCGGUUUUGUUUUUCUCUGUCGCAGUAUGGAAUCUCCUAUA